UUGUUACCUAAGAUAUAAAGUCAUUUUGACACUGCCCGAAAACAUGUCAUGUCAUUAAUUUUUCUUUUUGUGCCCAUACAAUUCCAUUAGAAUUUGAGAAGGAGUCAAUAAAAUUUCCCGUUAAUGAUGUUAAUAAUGGUGAAGAUUAGAAAAUAGCUAGUGUAACAUGAGGGAGUACUUUCUCAAUCAAUUACACAUUCGCAUUUACAUUUUCUAUCACACGUUUCACCCAAGAACACACACAGUGAUUGCCGAUGGGGAGUAAAUCACCUGAGACGGAACAUCCUGUUAAGGCCUUGGGCUACGCCGCUAGAGACACUUCUGGCGUACUCUCCCCCAUUAACUUCUCCCGGAGGAAAACUGGAGAUGAAGACGUAAGAUUCAAAGUGUUGUACUGUGGAGUCUGCCACACUGAUCUUCACUUUGUCAAGAAUGAAUGGAACAACACCAAGUACCCCGUGAUCCCUGGACAUGAGAUUGUGGGUGUGGUGACUGAGGUGGGCAGCAAGGUCAAAAAAGUCAAAGUAGGAGACCAUGUCGGGGUGGGUUGUAUCGUCGGGUGUUGCCAUUCAUGCAAUCAAUGUGGUGCUAAUCAAGAACAAUACUGCUCAAAAAUGGUACACACAUAUAAUGACUCUUCUGUGGUAACCUACGGUGGUUACUCUAACCACAUGGUAGCCAAUGAACACUUCAUCGUCAUAUGGCCCAAAGACUACCCACUUGAUGGUGGUGCGCCUCUUCUGUGUGCUGGAAUCACUGUUUACAGCCCAAUCCGAUACUAUGGGCUCGAUAAGCCUGGGAUGCAUGUUGGUGUGGUAGGUCUUGGUGGGUUGGGUCAUGUAGCUGUUAAGUUUCUUAAAGCUCUUGGUGUUAAGGUUACUGUGAUCAGCACAAGUCCCAAGAAAAAAGAAGAAGCCAUUAAUACUUUUGGAGCUGAUUCUUUCUUAGUAAGCCGUGAUCAAGCCCAGAUGCAGAGUGGAGUGGGUUCUAUGGAUGGAAUUAUUGACACUGUUUCUGCUGAUCAUCCUCUUGUGCCUUUGAUUAGUCUCUUAAAGCCUAAUGGCAAAUUGGUUUUGGUUGGUGCCCCAACUAAGCCAUAUGAGCUACCUGCUUUCCCCUUGCUUUUUGGUAGGAAGAUGGUGGGAGGUAGUUUCAUAGGGGGGAUAAAGGAGACACAAGAGAUGAUUGAAUUUGCAGCAAAACAUAAUAUAACGGCAGCGAUUGAACGCAUUCCUAUUGAAUAUAUCAACACUGCAAUGGAGCGUCUUCAGAAAUCUGACGUUCGUUAUCGCUUUGUUAUUGACAUUGGUAACACAUUAAAAGCCGCAUAAUCUCAUAGUGAUUAGCUCCCCGUUGUUCAGAAGAACGAUCUUCGGAGUCAACGUAUUUCAAAUACCAGACCCAUUUCUAACCGACCGAAUUUCCGAUAUUCGUCAAAAAAAAAAUCAGGGAAAAUGAAAAUUCAAAAUACAUUUUCCGA